GAAUUCCGAAUUCCGAAAUAGAAUAACUGUUUUCAAAGUUGCCGAAAUGCCACGUGCGUCCAUUUAUCAGUGCAUUCGUAAUAACCUAACCAUUACGAAACUUAUAUUCGAUCAAAUAAGGCUCUUGUAGUAAGUUAGCAAUUCCAUUUUUUAUUGACCAAAUCCGACACUCUCAUUGGCCAUAAAAUAAUAACCUCACUUCGUGGUCUUAUUUUCGUGGACAGAUUUUGGGCGGAGUAAACCCUCUCGCUUCAUCUCUUCCUCUCUGGCUAUACCUGAAGUUUUGAGGACUCUUCUGGAAUUUGGGAUUUUAUGUGGAUUUUCUGUGAAUACUGAGUGGACCCAAUUGGUCUCUUUUAUAUUAUUCAGGAUUAAUCUUUAAUUUAUUAACCAUUUAUUUGGUGAAAUGGCAAACGCGGGGAUACAGCUCCUUGGAUUCGUCUUGUCUUUUCUUGGCUUCAUCGGGUUGAUAGCAUCCACGAUCAUGGCCGAGUGGAAACUGUCAUCCUAUGCUGGGGACAACAUCAUAACGGCGCAAGCCAUGUACGAGGGCCUUUGGAAGUCUUGUGUGUCACAGAGCACUGGUCAAAUCCAGUGUAAAGUGUACGAUUCACUGCUCCAACUAACGGGGAUGGUGCAGGGCACACGAGGUCUCAUGGUGGGGGCCAUCCUGUUGGCUGGCAUUGCGAUCCUGGUGGCCAUGGUGGGCAUGAAGUGUACCACCUGUCUGGCUGAGGACCAGGAGAAGAAGGACAAAGUUGCCCUGACUGGAGGAAUCGUCAUCAUUAUCGCAGGUCUGUGUGCUCUGGUGGGGACUUCCUGGUACGGGAACAGAAUAGCAAAGGAAUUCUACGACCCCUUCACUCCUACAAAUUCCAGGUAUGAGUUUGGCAAGGCCCUGUUCGUAGGUUGGGGCUCUGCUUGCUUCACCAUCAUAGGUGGAGCCUUCCUCUGUUGCAACUGCUCCAGUGAAGGCUCAGGAAAGUCCUCCCGCUACCCCCCGAACCGCUCUGCUGCCCCACCAGGCAGAGACUACGUCUAGAGCCUGGGGAUAUCCAGGAGACCAGGGUCGUGUUCAUUAGGGUAGACGUUUCAAAAUGUUGUGCAAUGGAAAUUGAAAGCAAGCCUUUACUUACUGGUCAGGUAGUGCCUUCCCAUUUUCACUCCAUUUAAGUCCGUUUUCCUCUGUUUUGUGCUGAACAUGACCCACCUCCAUCCAGCCACUCUCUAUUCUGGGUACAGCACUGCCUAGGGUCAAAGCUGGGGUUAUUUUUGUUGAUUUGAUGGUUGGUUUGGUUUGAUUCAUGAUUUCUAUUAUUUUCAUUUCUGGUUGUUUUACUGCGAGACACUCCACCAGCAAGCAAUAUAUCCAUGAUGCAUACAUACAGUACUCUAUUACUAUUUUCACACUAUCGAUUCAACCCAAACUGCACUGUGCUGGAUCUGAUGUUUUCUUUUCACACCGUUCAUGAUUCCAGCAACUAUGGUGGAUGCGUAACGAGGACAGCACUGUUCAGCUCGGCCCCACUUCGUUCAGCUCAGUAGUGUGAAAAUAGUAUUUGUGUGUAGUUUGAGAUGUACAGUGCAUUCGGAAAGUAUUUAGACUCCUUGACUUUUUCCACGUUUUGUGACAUUACAGCCUUAUUCUAAAAUGGAUUAAAUUGCCCCCCCCCCCAUUUAUAUAAGUAUUUAGACCCUUUACUCAGUACAUUGUUGAAGCACCUUUGGCAGCGAUUACAGCUUUGAGUCUUCUUGGGUAUGACACUUCAAGCUUGCCACACCUGUAUUUGGGGAGUUUGUCCCAUUCUUCUCUGCAGAUCCUCUCAAGCUCUUUGUGUUAAAUGCUCUACAACAAAGCUUUCUUGGUGUCCAACAAGCUUUCUCUGCCCUUAACCCUGUUCUGAACACCUCAAAAACAAAGGUCAUGUGGUUUGGUAAGAAGAAUGUCCCUCUCCCCACCGGUGUGAUUACUACUUCUGAGAGUCUAGAGCUUGAGGUGUCACCUCAUACGAGUACUUGGGAGUAUGGCUAGAAGGUACACUGUCAUUCUCUCAGUACAUAUCAAAGCUGCAGGCUAAAGUUACAUCUAGACUUGGUUUCCUCUAUCGUAAUUGCUCCUCUUUCACCACAGCUGCCAAACUAACCCUGAUUCAGAUGACCAUCCUACCCAUGCUAGAUUACGGAGACAUAAUUUAUAGAUCGGCAGGUAAGGGUGCUCUCGAGCAGCUAGAUGUUUUUUACCAUUCGGCCAUCAGAUUUACCACCAAUGCUCCUUAUAGGACACAUCACUGCACUCUAUACUCCUCUGUAAACUGGUCAUCUCUGUAUACCUGUCGCAAGACCCACUCGUUGAUGCUUAUUUACAAAAUCCUCUUAGGCCUCACUCCCCCCUAUUUGAGAUAUCUACUGCAGCCCUCAUCUUCCACAUUCAACACCCAUUCUGAUAGUCACAUUCUGUUAAAGGUCCCCAAAGCACACACAUCCCUGGGUCACUCGUCUUUUCAGUUCGCUGCAUCUAGUGACUGGAACGAGCUGCAACAAACACUCAAACUGGACAGUUUAAUCUCCAUCUCUUCAUUCAAAGACUCAAUCAUGGACACUCUUACUGACAGUUGUGGCUGCUUCGUGCGAUGUAUUGUUGUCUCACCUUCAUGCCCUUUGUGCUGUUGUCUGGGCCCAAUAAUGUACAUACCAUGUUGUGCUGCUGCCAUGUUGUGUUGCUACCAUGCUGUUGACAUGUUGUGUUGCUAUCAUGCUGUGUUUCAUGUGUUGCUGCCAUGCUAUGUUGUUGUCGUAGGUCUCGCUUUAUGUAGUGUUGUGGUGUCUCUCCUGUCGUGAUGUGUGUUUUGACCUAUAUUACAUAUAUUUUUUAAAGUAUAAAUUUAAAUUUAAAAGUAUAAUUAAAUCCCAGCCCCAUCCACGCUGGAUGCCUUUUGCCUUCCGGUAGGCUGUCAUUGUAAAUAAGAAUAUGUUCGUAACGGGCUUGCCUAGUUAAAUAAAGGUUAAAUAGAAAUGUAUAUCAGGUUGGAUGGGGAGUGUUGCUGCACAGCUAUUUUCAGGGCUCUCCAGAGAUGUUCAAUCAAGUUCAUGUCCAGGCUCUGGCUGAAUCCUUUGCCCCAGUCUGAGGUGCUGACCGCUCUGGAGCAGGUUUUCAUCAAGGAUCUCUCUGUACUUUGCUCCAUUCAUCUUUCCCUAAAUCCUGACGAGUCUCCCAGUCCCAGCUGCUGACAAACGUCCCCACAGUAUGAUGCUGCCACCACCAUGCUUCACCGUAGGAAUAGUGACAGGUUAACUCCAGACGUGACACUUGGCAUUCAGGCCAAAGAGUUCAAUCGUGGUUUCAUCAGACCAAAGCAUCUUGUUUCUCAUGGUCUGAGUCCUUCUCCCCCGAUUGCUCAGUUGGGUCUGGCAGCCAGCUCUAGGAAGAGUCUUGGUGGUUCCAAACUUCUUCCAUUUAAGAAUAAUGGAGGCCACUGUGUUCUUGGGGACCUUCAAUGCUGCAGAAUGUUUUGGGUACCCUUCACCAGAACUGUGCCUCAACACAAUCCUCUCUCGCAGUUCUACAGACAAUUCUUUUGACCUCAUGGCUUGGUUUUUGCUCGGACAUGCGCUGCCAACUGUGGGACCUUCUAUAGACAGGAGCCUUUCCAAAUCAUGUCCAAUCAUUUGAAUUUACCACAGGUGAACUCCAAUCAAGUUGUAGAAAACUCUCAAGGAUGAUCAAUGGAAACAGGAUGCACCUGAGCUCAAUUCCUCAUAGCAAAGGGUCUGAUUACUUAUGUAAAUAAGAUAUUCCUGUUUUUACUUUUGUUACAUUUGCAAACAUUUCUAAAAACCGGUUUCCGCUUUGUCAUUGUGGGUUAUUGUGUGUAGAUUGCUGAGGAUUUAAAAAAAAAAAUCAAAUCCAUUUUAGAAUAAGGCGGUAACGUAACAAAAUGUGGAAAAGGGGUCUGAAUACUUUCCGAAUUCACUGUAGCUUGCUAAUGCUGUGAGCAGUAUCUUCUCAAAAAUGCACUAAAAUACAAUGGUGUAAAGUACUUAAGUAAAAAAUACUUUGAAGUACUACUUAAGGCGUUUUGGGGGGUAUCUGUACUUUACUAUUUAUAUUUUUACAACUUUUACUUCACUACAUUCCUAAAGAAAAUAAUGUACUUUUUACUCCAUAUAGACACCCAAAAGUACUCGUUACAUUUUUUAUGCUUGGCAUGACAGGAAAAUGGUCCAAUUCACACACUUAUCAAGAGAAAAUCCCUGGCCAUCCUACUGCCUCUGCUCAGGCGGACUCACUAAACACAAAUGCUUCUGAGUGUUGGGGUGUGCCUCUAGCUAUCCAAACAAAUAAAAAAUAAGAACAUUUUGCCAUUUAGUUUGCUUAAUAUAAGCAAUUUGAACUUAUUUAUACGUUUACUUCUGAUACUUAAUAAGGUUUCAUUCCAAAUACUUUUAGACUUUUACUCAACUAGUAUUUUACUGGGUGGCUUACUUGAGUCAUUUUCUAUUAAGGUAUCUUUACUUUCACUCAAGUAUGACAAAUGGAUACUUUUUCUACCACUGCUGAAAUAUAAAUGUGAUUUAUUUUACUGUGCAUUUGUGGGUUAGAAUAUUACAAACAAAUAAAUAGGAUUGGGUGGUUACUAUACUCUUAUGCUAUUUUUUUAACAUAAGUGUUUACCUAAAUAGUUUUGUUUACAUUGUAUUUUCUGAGCUGCAUCAAAUUAUGCCCCAUUUGUAUUUUUACCAGAGUUUGUUAAGUUCUGUGUGAUAAUAGAGAAAUAAACCUUGCUGUUGUUUUUAAAGGUAAGAUUGUGUAACACAGUAACUAAAUUAGAUCUAUAGUUCUCCUGUCUCCCGUUAGCUCCUGCGUUUUAUUUUGAAAAGGGAGUUGUCUCGACUUGAUUUGUGCGGAUAUACCUUGUGCCUGCAGUAACACGCCUCUGAGGGUCUUUAGAACAUUUGAGAGGAAUUUCUAGAAAAUAAUUUAUAUUUAAAAAUCACCAUUGAAUUUUCAAUAGAUAUGAACAUGAAUAUCCCACUCUCAAUUAUGUUGACAAUAUUCAUGUUUAUUUAACUGUAUCCAAAUGUAGACUUAAACUAGUGAAAUAAAGAAUAAACAUUCUCAUC